AUUUGUUAUUAUAACCGUUAUUUUAUGUACGUGAUACUUGAAAAAAGAUGAAGUUUCGAUUGACGUUGCUUAUUAUUAGUUUACAAACAACGUCGCUCUCUUGGAUUUUUUUAAUAAUUACCGGAUUAAUGGACAAUUGCAUAUUCGCCGAGAAUAGUAUUUAUCCAAAAGAUAAUGUUAAUUACAUUAUGGAAAAUUCAUCGGAAAUUACAAAAUCAAUACCAAAUUCGUCGACUGAAAAUUUACUGAAUUUUGAGAGGAGAGGUCGAAUAUUGCAUAAUUUAGAAUAUCCUGUUAUUAAUGAAACUCCUCAAAAAUUGACAAACGAUAGCGACUUACAGAAUCGACAAUUUGAGAAUGAAGUUUCAAUGCAAAAAAAUGUAGAUAAAAAUAAUUUCAAUAAAAAAUCAAGUCCUCAAAGUUUACCGCGAAUUUACAAUAAAUCUGUAACUCAAGGUAAACGAGAGACUCAAGAUGCUUCUAGAAAAACACCCACUGACGCUAAUCAGUACGAUACUCAAGAUUACAAGGAUUAUUAUCAACAGCAACAGAAGCUUUACCUUCAACAGCAGCAACAAUAUCAGCAGCAAGCGAGCAACGAUUACGCCGAGGGUUACAGUACAAUACCCUCGAAUGCUUAUAUCGAUGAAUAUAAAGAUUCGAAGGAUUACGUCGAGGAACAAGACGCGCAACAUUGGCGCAAUUCCUAUUAUCCAACAUCCAGUGGUCCAGCAUCAUACGGUUGCUCCUGUUACAGAAAUGUCGCGACUGCAACCUCACAAAUUGCAAGCGACAGACAGGGUUGCGGUAAUUUGGGUGCAACAUUUCUCCAAACACUUUUAAUGCUUCUCGGCAAUCUUUGGCAAUUAAUUCAAAUAACGGCAACCAGUGCCAUUCCCUUUGUGAUACCAAUUCUCGCACUAAAACUCAUUCUUGUACCUAUAAAAAUAUUCAAAUUCCUUCAAUUAAUUAAAUUCUUCUGCAAACUAUUCAUUAUAUUACCAUUUAUAAUUCGUGUUAUUUAUCCCGCAAUCACUGAGGGAUUUUUGGAAAAUCUCUUCUUCUCAAAGGAGCAUCAUCCCGAUCAUGAUUACGAUCAUUCGGAGAGUCGUGAGGAGAGCAACGGUACUGGAAGUUGGCACAGUGAUCUUAAACGGUACAUUCAACAUUACAGUAGUUUUGCCGAUGAUGCACUACUUCGCUCCUGUCCCAGUAAAGUCGCUUGUGAACUUGGCGCUUUUCUAUCGACCUCAGCCACUGUACUUCCGGAAAAAUUAUCAAAAUAUCUCAUGGAUCGCGUCGAGGAAGCUGAGGAUGCUGAUAAAACAAUAAAAAGAGACAACUCCCUGGAAUCGGAGAGAGACAGUGCAUUUAGAGCUUUUAUCAUUUCAUUAGGGAGAAAGUGGUCUUUGGAGCAAUGUGCCGUUUACACCUGUAGUAUUGUCCUCUGAAACAAGCGCUCCGAGAAAAAAAAACAUAAUAACAAAAAGAGUUAAAAAGAAUUCUGGACUUGGUAACAUUUGCGGAAAAACAAACACUAGUACCAAAUAUUAAUUUCAAUUAAAAUGUCUUAAAUCUGUUUUUUUAUUGUUUAACUACAUAGAUUGUGUAAUAAGUAUACACUUCAAUUACUAAAAAGUCAUUAAUAAUAUAUGAACGAGAAAAUCAUUCUAAAAGUUUGGUACCAACAAAAUAGAUAUAAUUUCCCCACACACACAAUAAUCAGUGCUACACUUUUAAUAUUCCACAUGCAAUUGUUUCAAGCUCAAUCAAUCUGAUAUUCUUUAAAAAGUUUAUCCUUCCUGUAUCACAGUUAAAACUUUUUUUUUUUUUGUUAACAUAUUUUCUUACAAAUUGCAAAUUUUUAUUCCCGAGGAUACUUCCCUUUUAAUUAGGAAUAACUGUAUUAUCAGUCAAUGAUUAUUAACGCCGUUUUUUUGUGUUCCUCGUAUUCCCAUAUUUUUAUUUUUCA